UCUGUGGGAUUAUUUAAAAUGCCCUGAAGGGGUAGGGUUUCUGAUGUUUUCGCAAGAUGGGCAGGUAGCUUCAGAGGGAAGCUGGUUCCAGCAUUGGGGUGCCAGGACAGAAAAGAGCUUGGACAGCCUGAGCGGGAGCUGCCCUCCUGUAGUGGUGGGAGAAUGGAGUGCUCGGGUGUUGGGUUUGAGCCUGAAGGUGUUUUGGCCUGUUUUGGUCAACGACAUUUGAACACCACAAUGCCAGAUAGACUGGAUGUACUGACUGGCUCCUGUGUGCAAAUCCCAUGUUCAUUUGAUAUUCCUGACCAACAUAAGGAUAAAUUUAACAGCGCAAUACUACCCUCUGGUGUGUGGAUUAAAGAAAACUCAAAAUUUCGUGAAAAACCGGACAAUGUGAUAUUUAACAGUAGUAAGAUGGUCAACAGAUAUCAAGGGGAGAUAACUGGAAACAUUUCCCAGAUGAACUGCACCACAGUCUUCUUCAAUGUAACCACCAAUUACACUGAUAAAUACUACUUCAGGAUUGAGAGUCAACCAUACCGUGCAACAGAUCCUGAUAAGUCUGUUAAUAUAGUUGUCAGUGAUUUGCCUUCCAGUCCCAUCAUUACUGUCUCAGGUGAGGUGAAGGAAGGGACCCCUGUCAGUUUGAACUGCUCUGCUGUCGCUCCCUGUCCCGAACACCCCCCUGAGCUGACAUGGACUCUCCCAACACAGUUCACAACUGAGAACCAACUGCAGGAGAAUCCAGACCAAACCAUAUCAGUUCUCUCCACGGUGACCUUCACUCCGUCAUAUCUUCAUCAUGAGAAGAACAUCACUUGUACUGCAGUCUACCCAGUAGGGACAAGCAACAAGAAAGCUGAACAUAACAUGAUGCUUAACGUUUCAUUCUCUCCUAAGGACACCUCGGCCUCCAUCAGUCCAGCUGAUUCAGUAUCAGUGGGCAGCUGUGUUAAUCUGACCUGCAGCAGUACAGCCAACCCUCCUGUGACAAACUUCACCUG